ACCUUUGCAUGGAACAUAACCUUUGUCCCAGCCACGCCAACACACCUCACCGUCUCUGCCGUAUGUGAUAACGGGAACAUGUACCCCGUGGGAUCGACGGUCAAGAUUAUACCCGGAAUGGCGACGAGUGUGGUACGGGGCAUGUAUUCAUACCGGCAGGCGCACACGAAGACACUGCUUGCACAGGCGCCGUACACGUUGAAUGCCUGGGACAAGAGGGGCCCAGAGGCACCGAAACGUGGGGGUAUUCCUGCCGAAUAG